AUGGUGGAGAGCGGCGCGCGGCGCGCCGGAAGUGCGUUUCCGGGGGCGGAGCGCGGAGACGCGGCCGAGGACACCAGCUCCGAGGAGGCAGAGAAUGGCCGAGACGCACCUGCUCGUGGGAACGCUAACGAGGAAAAUGGGGAGCAGGAGGCUGACAAGGAGGGGAGGAGGGGUGAUGGUGAGGAAGAGGAUUGGGAUGAAGAGAAGGAAGCGGAGGCAGCUAUGGGCACACGGGCAGCUGAAGAUGAUGAGGAUGACGACGUUGACACCAAGAAGCGGAUGACCAAUGAGGACUAG